AUGAAAAACGGUCACUUCUACAUGCUGUUCCACGGCGUCUGGAAUGGGGGUGACAGUGUGAGUUAUGUGCGCGAGCUCUCCUACCCGGGUCUCCUCUAUCAACUUCUCGCCCUCGGCAUCUUCUUCAUCAUCUUUCUCGUUUUUGGUCACCUAUUCGAUCGAGACGCUAGCCGUGCCCUCGAGCAGCUCAUGAUCCUCACCCAUAAUGAUCCGAUCGCUCGUCAACUCCAGAUGGUGCCGCACGAGAGGACGAAGUACGUCUUCGAGAAGUCCAGCCGC